UAAACGCUGAUUGAAAUGGCGUCAGUCACGGUACGUGGCUGGGCUCUCUGCACCGUGUCUCUGCUAAACUUUGCGUUUGUCUUCGUUUCCGGCGCAGACUUUAUCCGAUUUAUAUCAUUUCGAGCCAUUUACCACAACAUCACCGGGGACACGACACUAUGUCAAGACUCCACAGCGUGGUCGGCGGCCCUGCAGGACGGCUCUGUGCUCGGGUCUCUUGUCGUGGAUCUGGGGCUGCUUGCUCUCUUCAUUACGCAGCACAGUCUGCUCGCCUGGUCACCUGUCAAACAGGCCCUACAGUCAGUGCUGGGGGCCCUGAACAGGACGGCAUACUGCUUCACCACCGCACUGACACUCCAGAUCUUGAUGCGUUACUGGCAGCCUGUGACCGGCGCCCCCUGUCUGUGGUCCGUGCGUCAUGCACCCUGGAGUAUCUGGUUCCCUCUGCUCUGCUUCAGUCUGCACUUCCUCUGCUGGGCGAUCAUCUGCAGCAUCCUCAUGAUCUUUGAUUACCCUGAACUGAUGGGCAUCAAGCAGGUGUAUUACGAGUGUCUCGGUUUAGGGGACCCCCUGUCUCACAAGUCGCCUCGUGCUCAGCGCCUCCUGUCUCACCUCCGCCACCCGGUGUGCCUGGAGCUGGGCGUUGUGCUGUGGCUCCUGCCGGCCUUGUCUCUGGACAGGCUCCUGCUGUCGGGGACGCUGUCAGCCUACCUGGCCCUGGCACACUCUCUGGACAAACAGGAUUUAGCCUAUCUCUGCGUCCAGCUUAACAGGAAGCUGCAGCUCUUUGUGGAGCCGCGGCGGGGCAGCGCCGACAUCAGCGCCGACAUCAGCGACCCCAAGGAGAAGUGAAGUGACGGUCUGUGAAGGUGCGAUGAGAAGCUGACUGCUGUCUUUAGAAUUACCAGGAAUAUUGUUUUCAAGAUGACUUCUCAAUGAGCCUGGUUAUCUGCUGCGCUGAAAGUAAUGACACAACUUGACACUGAAUUUUUUAUUUUUUAUUUUCACUGCCUGAUUUUAAAGAGGGAGAGUUCGCUAUUUAGGAUGUUGUGUUAACUGUUUAAAAUAAUGAAAUAGCUAUAUUUUUUAAGGAUAUCGAUACAUUUUGAUUAAAUUUAUGAAAAAAAGAUAUAUCAGGGUUCUUAUGGUUCCUUAAAAUCCAUGGAAGUUUGUGAAUUUUCAUUAAAAUACUUUUUUUUUUUUACCUGCAAGUAAAUAUAAAUCCUUAAACAUUUAUAUUUUUUAAAAAAUACAUGCUUAAAACUUUGCUUUUGUUUGCAAUACACAUAACAGUAACCCCAACAGAUAAAAACCCUUGAAAUCCUUGAAAGUUUGUGUGUUUGCAUUGAAAUACAUUCUUAAAAGUUUAUUUUAUGAAGAAUAUAACAGCAAACCUGCAGGUAAAUACCCCAAAUCCUUGAAAAAUUAAUUGCAUGCUUAACAUUUUUAUUUAUGUUUGCAAAGAAGAUAACAGCAACCCUGCAGGUAAAUCCUUAAAAUCCCUAAAAAGUGAAACAUAAAAAAAUUUAAGUCAUGCUUAAAAUUUGACUUGUGUUUGCAGAGAAGAUAAAAGAAAAUCUGCAAGUAAAUGUCCUUAAAAUCCUUGGAAAAUUAAAUACAUGCUUAAAACUUAACUUUUUACUCUAACCCGUUUGUUGUUUGUGAAAAACAAGAGCAAACUUGUGAAAUCCUUUAAAGUUAAAAAUAAAAUAAUAAUAAAAUAAUAAUAAUUGUACAUGCUAAAAGUUAUACCUGUCUUAACAAAGAAGAUGAACCUGCAGGCAAAUUUCCUAGAAAUCUGUGAAAGUUUGUGAAUUUGAUGGGGGAAAAAAUCAAGGCCUUGAAAGUUUUUUAAAAUAGACUUUAAUACAUAUGGGUCAUUAAAAGUGCUUUUUUACUACACUGAAUUUAUUUUGUUUAACAUGUUGUAUUUUUUUAUAGGCUGUUCCAUGUCUCACCUGCAGGUACGCUGUAAUUCUCUGCACACUUAUUUCAAGUUUAAUUGUCCUUAAAAAAAAUGUCACACGGAGACGUCACACUGGCAAAACGCACAAAAAAUGCAGCUUUUUCACAGAUUUGCUAUAUGAAGCUAUAAUGAAAAAACAAGUUUCUCAGUGUUUCUGAGAUUAUGAAUGUAUUUCCUCACUUGGGAUCACAUCAUGAACAAAGUGAAUGCGGUUGGUAUUUUACGCCUUUUCUAGACAAGUCGGUAAUUCUUGAAUUUCAAUGUACUGUAAUUUUUUUGGAUUUAACAUGUUUUAUGCUAGCAUCACUUUUCUGCACUGUGGCCUCACUAAUAAUUUUCAGUAUUUUCAGUUUUCAUGUACAAUAAAUGUAAUA